UCUGGUAGCGGACUGAUCGUCGUUGAAAAACAAAACAUAAUGUUUAUUGUUUCCUCUAUCAUUAGGAACCUAAAAUUUUUAAAUGUCUUAAAAUUUUGAAACUUCAAAAUUCUCAUUUAUUUACGAUAUUAUUUUUCAAUUUAUGUAAAACGUAAUAUUUAAUUUAUUAACUUUUUUUUUUAUUUGACAGUGUCUAAUGUAGAAUUAAAUUUAAAUAAUCGCAAUGAGUGAAUUUAAACCCCAUCAUUUGGUUAAAGAAUUAAUUGAAUUAUUGGGAUCUUCUGCUGCACCAGAAAAAUAUGUGGAAAAAAUUCACAAGGAAGCAACAAAUUCUCCUUCAACAUUGAAUCCAGUAAUUACACAAAGUUGUAUACGUCAGGUUGCUAAAAAUGCUCCUAAUCCAGAAUUGUUCCUUCAAAAAUAUGAGGAACUUAAAUCAAAAAAGGUGGAUUUAUUGGGACCUUUCACUCAACUUUUGCAAUUUAUAACUCUUGAUGAGGAUUUAAAAGAAUCUUUAGCAAAAGUAAAAUUGAGCUCAACAACUACACCUUCAUCAAAAUCAAUCACAGAAGAUGAUUUAUCAAAGAUUCGUAAAAGUGUUAUUAAAGCGGCAGUUGAAGGUGAAAAAAAAUUCAACAGACAUGUUGGGGCUAUUAGUAGACACAGUGAUCAAUCAAUUGCAAGACCAAAUUGGAUUAUUGAAAGACCGCGGAUUUCUUGGGAUUUUCACAACGAUAUGUCCAUUGUUCCUUGUCAAAAGGCUGUACCCAUUGUUUCACAAGAAUCAGUUUUACUCUGGGAUCUUUUGAACUGUUUAAAAGGAAUUGAUGGAACUUACAUAGUUUCAGAAUCGUUAAAAAGUCAAUAUGAUGCAGUUGUUUUUAAAAUAUCGCCUGAUGUUGGUAUUUCAUUCAGACAAUUGACCCAACAAAUUUUACCAUUAGCCUCAUAUUAUUCAAUCACUGUUCGAUUUAUUGAGGAAAAAGAUUUACCAGAUUCUGGUCAAGUGAAUCAUGCUUUAAGAAGUGCAUUGCGAUGUUUAUUGAAAGAUUACUUGAUGUUCCUUGUACAAUUAGAAAUGGAGCACAGACGUGGAAAACUUAAUUUACAAAAAAUGUGGUUCUAUAUUCAACCUACAAUGGCAACAAUGUCAAUUCUCUCACAAAUUACAUCGACAAUUUGUAAAGCAAAUGCUAGAGGUGGUAAAGUUUUAAGUUUACUUCAUGAACAGGCAAAUUCUAUGAGCGGAGACGCAAAAUGUAAAGAGCUUUGUUUAUUUUUAAUAAAAGAAGCAAGUGUUCCUUAUAUGAAAAUGCUGGAAAAAUGGGUGUAUAAAGGUGUUAUUUACGAUCCAUAUCAAGAGUUUCUUGUGGAAGAUAAUGAACUUAUCCAAAGAGAAGAACUUCCAAUGGAUUAUUCAGCGGAUUAUUGGGAAAAGAGAUAUACAAUGAGGCCUGAUAGAAUUCCAAUUUUUCUCAAUGAGCUUGCACAAACAAUUCUCAGGACGGGAAAAUACUUCAAUGUCAUUAGGCAAUGUGGAAAAACUGUUCAAUAUGGAAAGCAAGAACCUCUGGUUUAUCAACAUCGAGAUCAAAAGUACAUCACUAUUAUUGAUAGAGCUUAUUCUGAAGCGGCAAGAACAUUAUUGGAAGUUCUUAUUCAAGAAAAUGAUUUAAUGGGACGACUUCGAAGUAUAAAAAGUUAUUUUCUUCUCGCUCAAGGGGAUUUUGUUGUUCAAUUUAUGAAUCUUUGUGAAGCAGAAUUAAGCAAAAAUAUGGAUGACAUUGUAAUUCAUCGAUUGGCUUCGCUUCUUGAAAUUGCAUUACGUUUGUCGACUGCAGAUUCUGAUCCUUAUAAAGAUGAUUUAAAACCAGAAUUACUUCCUUAUGAUCUUCAAUAUCAAAUGUUUAGGAUACUGUUAAUUCAAACAAGCGAGGAAAAAGAAUUUUGUAUGCAAACAGAUAAAGUGCUGAGUGGAUUAGAGGCGUUUGUCUUUAAUUACGAUUUAAAGUGGCCAGUUUCAUUGGUUAUCAACAGAAAAGCUAUAGCUUGUUAUCAAAUGCUAUUUAGACAUUUAUUCUAUUGCAAACACGUCGAGAGACUUCUCUGCAGAGUGUGGAUCAGUAACAAAAUUGCGAAGACUUUUACUCAUGAGGCAGCAAUGGCGUAUCGACAAGCUUUUUCUGUUAGGCAGCGAAUGUUGGACUGCAUUCAACAUUUGGAAUAUUAUAUGAUGGUCGAAGUAAUUGAACCUAACUGGCAUUUAUUUUUAAAUAAAAUGAGCAAAGUCACUAAUGUUGAUGAUGUAUUAAGUGUACAUCAAGAUCUGCAAGACAGUUGUUUGAGGGAAUGUAUGCUCACUGAUCCUGAUUUGUUAACUUGCAUAACUGGAAUAUGCGCUACUUGUGUGGAAUUUUGUGAAUUUAUGCAGCAUAUGAGCCGCUACUUUGUCGAUGCUGAAUUGACUUCGAUGAUGGGUUCCUGCCAUGAUGACACCUCUGAACCUGAGAUGGAUAUGAGUAUAUCUUCAAGUGCAGAUGGAACAAGUUUUGAAGAGAAAAUUAGUUUUCUUGACAAUAAAUUUACUGAGGUGCUGAUACGACUUUUAGAAAGAAUUUGUGACAUUGGCUGCGAUAAUAAUAACGAGAAAUUGCGCAAUGUAUUAUGCCGGUUGGACUUUAAUCAGUUUUAUGUACAAAAAAUAGCUGCUCGAGAUACAAGAAAGAGAACUUCUCAAGAUAUUUCGGGAUAAAAGUAAUGUCUAAUUUUUGCUUUGCAUAAGAAAUGCAAAAAGGCUAUAUUCAUUGAUCGUUGUUUUAUGAGAUCAUAUAUAAUGUUAACAUAUUACUUUUAAACAGUUGUGAUCUUUUUUUCCCUUUUUUUUGUAGUUCCACAAGUAAAAUCAUGUUUGAAAAAAUUACAAUUUAAAUUUAUAUAUAGUUUUUUUUUUACUAAAAUUUGUAAAUGUAAUUUAGUUGAUAAACAGAGCUGAAAUAUGAAAUCUGUUAACGGGAUUUAGUAACAAAUAUAAAAUGCUUCUGAUCCAAACUAAAUGAUAAACACCUAAAGGACCAACAGAGAGGACAGCUUUCUUCUGUUCUUCGCAUAAAACUGUAUGUUUAUCUGUAUUAAUUUUUACAAAAAAUAAAAGAAUUAAUAGUUUUGUAUAUGAUGAGAAUUUAAGUGUAAACAGUUUGGAGAUUCAUGAAAUGUUUUUCUCCUUCGAAGAUUGAUUAUAUGUUUUAAAAUAUUUAAAUGAAUUGUAGCAUAGCGCUGUAUAAAAAAAUUAACCUCACAAUUAUCAUAACAAAAUAAAUUUAAUGUGAUUAACAUCAAAUAUGGUUAGGAUAUUUUUCAAUAAAAUUAAAUGUAAAUAAAUAAAAUUGUGAUCGGAUUACGUUACGUUCGUUUUCUUCAAAUUAGUACAAAAACUGCGAUAUUUAUAAAUCGAUAACAAAUAAUAGAUAUAACUCAUCCAUUUAGAUUGGCGAUAACAUCUGAAAUGUCUAUAUUUUGCAGAAUCAAUCAAAGAAUGUAGAUCUGGUCUAAAGCUUCUGUGCAUGUAGAACGACAAAAUGUUAUUUAUUACCUAAAAGUACAUGUCUAGAACUUUAA